CUACAAGCUACCCCUUCCUCGUUCCAUCACCAUGUCGACUCGAACGCUCGACGCGCUCCCCGCGAGCUUUGCCGACGUUCCCCGCGCCGUCGUCAACGCCGGCGGCAUCACGGGCUACGUGACCAAGACGAUUUCUGUGCACAUUUCGUCCAACCCGAGCACCGGCACCAAGCUCUGCGCGUAUCUCGCGAGCCUGCUGACGUCGCUCCCGCUUCUCCUGCUGCCACUGUUUGUCGCGCUCAAGAGCGACGGCGACAUUGAUUGGACGUGGGCCCACACGUUGAUCCCGCUCUGGAUUCUCGAUGCGCUCCUCUUCCCCAUCUACUUUCACUUGACGCGCGCGCAUGACACGGCCGACACCGUUGUCGACGGCGACAUCAACGCCGACACGACGGCGCUGUUGUCGACGACGCCCAAGACCAUUAUGACCAAGACGCAGAUGCUGAGCCUUGUCUUCACGAUCCUCACGCAAGUGCUCGUGACGCUGCGCCUCGACGGCCACCUCGCGUGGAAGUGGAGCUACAUUUCGCUGCCGUACUGCCUCGUCAUGGUCUUUGACCCGUCGAUUACGUCCGUGCUGCAAGUCCUCCAGGCCAUUUUCGUGGCGCAAAAGCUCGACAUGGAGCUCUCGUGGAGCUGGGCGGUCAUCUUGCUCCCGACGUGGCUCCCCGCGUUCCUCAUCGUCUUUGUCCUCCCCUCGAUUGUGUUUGUGAGCAUGAUGUCGGCGACCGAAGAGAAUGCGCAGCCGUCGUUCCUCCGUGCGCUCGUUGCUUUUGUCGGGCUCGUGGUGUCGUUGGGUCUCGUCUUCGGGCCGCAGCUGCUGCUCGUCCUCCGCCUCGCGUACGUGGCCUUCCCGGCGCUCUACAUUGUGUGGCCGUGGUUCCUUCUUUACGGCCUCUUUGUCCUCGGCGGUCUUGCCCACGUCUUUGUGUCGCCGGCCGAGAAGGACAUUGAAAACGUCUCGGUCACCGUCUCGUACGGCACCGUCUAGGACGCUCAUUGCUUUCCACCGAAUACCAAUAUCAACUUAUGUGCAUGCUCGUUUAAAUACUCGUCUUCCUGUG